AUGACUUCAUUACCGAAUGAAUUACUACAAAGAAUUAUAGAAUUAACAGAUCAAGAAUAUAGAAUACCUUAUCUUUUUGUAUGCAAAUUCACUUUUCACUUAGUUAGACAGCGAGUGUAUAAAAAAGUUAUUUUCCCUGAUGAUCAAGACAUCAAGGGUAUAGAGAUUAUUACAUUUUGUCAAUUGUACGGUUUAUCACUUGAAACCAUAAAAUUGCCACAAGCUAAAUAUUUUCCGGAUAAAGUAUAUCAAGAUAUCCUUUUACUAUGCCCACACUUAAAUUUCUUACAAAGUAAUAUACACCCGAAACAGCUUGUAGAGUGCAAACCAAAGAUGUGUCUAAAUACCUGCUUUAUGGUAACUAAUUUACCUUAUCAUCUUUUAAUGGUUCAUACGGAUGACGAGGAAGAUACGCUACCUAUUUUCAAUUCAAAUUGUCAAAUCACCGUUUAUUUUGACUGCUGUCCAUCUUUAUUCAUUUUCCCUAGUGAAUUUAUGCCUGGGAAAUCAUUAACACAGAUAUCGCAUUAUUUCCAUCAUCCAGGCGCGUUAAGUAAUGCUAUCUUGCCUACCUUUGGUUCUGAUUUACUCUCGUUAACUCUUAACCCUUAUGAUGUCUUAACAUCUACUGUAGCUCGGUUAAUUGUAGCUAAAUGUACAAAAUUACGAUAUCUUGUUGCUCCUUCUGUUAAAGCAGAAGGAUUAUGGAUGCUACUACGAUGGUGUCAUACAUUAGCAGCUAUUAUUGUAGGUUAUGAUAGAAAUUCAUUGCCUUUUAACGAUGAAGACUUUUUACAAGAAAUGGUCGAUUAUAAUCGACAUCUUCAGUCUAGACAGGCAUUAACAGAGCUCGAAAAUGAAAGAGCAGUGGAGACGAUACGACAUCAUAAACGAGUCUGGUGUGUACAUCCAAAUGUAUAUGAAUAUCAUCAUUUGAAAAUUGUUUCAUGGCAUAUUGGAAUUAUACCAAAAAUCUAG